AUGAAGAUUUUUGUGAUAUUUUUUGCAAUUUUUGCAUUGGUCAAAAGUAACGUUUUAGAAAGAUCAAAAAUAUUUCAAGACAUUAACUGUAACAUACAAGAUCCUGAUUUGGACAAAUGUCUCUUAAACGGCGUCAGAAAAUCUUUGCCGAGAUGGCUGAAAGGAAUUCCAGAAUUAGGAGUUCCGCCAUUGGAUCCUUUAUACAUUCCUAAAUUAACUAUCGACCAAGUUAUAUCGGAUUUUGUUAAUAUAACUGCAACGUACACGAAUUUAGAAGUUAUGGGAUUCAGAAACACCGUUAUCAAUUCACUCAAGGUGGACCCACAAAAUUUGUACGGAUCUAUCAAGAUAACAAUUCCUUGGCUGCAUAUUCAAACAGACUUCUCGCUAAACGGAAAAAUAGGUCCGAUGUCAAUAGAAAAUAGAGGUGGACAUUCAGAAGGCAAUUUCACUGAUAUCUUCUUCUUCAUGAAAGCAAGUGUAAAGCCUUACAAAAAAGACGAUGGCUUGGAAUAUUUUAAAAUAAACAAACUUCACCAAGAAAUAACCAUAUCCGAUGGGCAAAUAAAAGUGGAUACUAAAGAUAAACAGUACCAACCCGCAGUGGAAAUGAUGACCUCAUUUUUUAAUCAAAAUGCUCCAAGUAUGUUGGAAACUGCUAGUCCCAUCAUCAGUAAAACUUCCGAAAAGAUGACCAAAAAUUUGUUGGAUAACAUUUUGAGCAAUAUUCCUACUUCAGAAAUAAUGUGA